GGACUCGUGUGGGACGAUGCGAUAAAGUUCGCCAAGAACUGCUUUGCCGGAGCCUUUGCGGCCGUGGUGGCCAAAAUGGUCAUUGCGCCUGUUGAACGGGUCAAAUUAAUCCUUCAGCUUCAAAAUUCGCAGACCACUCUGGCAGCGGAGAAGCGAUAUAAAGGAGUGCUUGAUUGCUUUAUACGCGUUCCCAAAGAGCAAGGAUUUCUGUCAUUCUGGAGAGGGAACGGAGUGAACAUCUUCCGCUCUUGCUGUCAGGAGUCUCUUGGAUUUGCUUUCAAAGACUUUUUCAAGAUCUGGAGUUUGGACGGUGUUAACCCAAAUGAUCAUCAUUACAGAUUUUUAUUCGGGAACCUUGUUGCUGGCGGCUGUUCAGGUGCUGCUACAAUGGUUAUUAUUUAUCCGCUUGAAUUCAUUCGCACUAGGCUCGCUAUUGAUCUCGGAAAAGAUAAAAAGGAUCGAGAGUUUACUGGAAUGUUCGACUGUGCGCGGAAGAUUAUGAGGCAAGACGGUUUUGUCGGAAUGUAUAGAGGGUUGCUUCCUUCAAUUCAAUACAUUAUUAUCUAUCGAGGUGCAUAUUACGGUCUUUUUGAUUCUGCAAAACCAUAUAUAUCCAAGGGCGGAGAUGCUUUGGGGUUCUGGAGAGCAUUCACUGCUGGACAGGUUGUAACAUUCAUAGCGGCUAUGCUGUCAUAUCCCUUAGACACAAUCCGAAGACGACUAAUGAUGGCUGCUGGACACAAGAAUUUCAUGUACAAAGGAACCAUUGAUUGUACUAAGUACAUCUAUAUAAACGAAGGGUGGAAGGCUUUUUUCAACGGCGCUUUGGUGAAUGCGAUGAGGGGCACUGGUGCUGCACUUGUUCUAGCAGUAUGUAACGAGCUUGCCAAAUAUAUGUGA